AUGAGUCCAUCAUGUAGGAAUUCACAAUCACGCUUGUCUUCGUCAGACAUUUUGUUCAAUUCGAAGACACAUGAAUCAAUUGUACCCAGUGUCUAUGAGGAAAAAAUGACUAAUUUAAAACAAGAAGAAAUAGAACAAGAUAAGGAUUGUUUAACAAAUGAAGAACAAUUCGAUGAAAUACAUCUUACGAAUGAAGAAGAAGAACAAGUUGAAUAUCUUGUGCAAUUUCUUCGAAAUGGUUCCCCGAUAGAUCUUGCUAUAGAUAAUGGUAUUAUGCCAGAAUUAAAUGAUAUAUUAGACACCAAAACAAAUGAGAACGAUAAUAAUCAAAUUUCCAAUGAAUUUCAAACAUCAUCAUCAUCAGUCAUAAUGAGAACAUAUCCAUAUCCUCCUUUGAAUCAAACAGGUAAGAUUAUCGAUCAUGAUCGUCCUUAUGCUAAGUAUCGUUAUUUCAAUCGACAAACAAUUGCCAAACUUUCUCAAUUUAAUCUUCGACCACCGUCGUCGUCAUCUCUUCAACAGCCCAUUCGAUUAAAUCUUAAAUCGUUCGCUAUUCUAUCAUGGACCACUGUUUCCAAAGAUGCUGUAAUGAAUUAUAUUAAACGAGAAUUCCCUAUUAAAAACAUUCAAUAUAUUUGUGUGGGUGAAGGAAUAAGUCGAAUAGCUGCUCAUCAACAACAGUUAGAAAUACAAAUUAUUUUGAAAAAAAAAGUCAAUAAAAGAACACGAUUUCUUGAUCGACUUACUGAAACUUAUUGUAAUUAUAAAGUGACAACUAAUGAUCUUGCAUGGAAUGAAUAUAUUAAAAAAAAUCUAAAUUUUAUUGAAUAUAAUCGAUUUAAAUCAACCAAAGUACGCGGAAAUAAACAUUGGCCACCAUUACCAUUAUCAACAGCAGCAGUCGUAGCAGAAGCAGCAGCAGCAGCAAUAGCGAUAUCCAAAGUAGCAGCAAAAGCAGCAGCAAAAGCAGCAGGAAAAGCAGCCACAGCAAAAAUAGCAGCGAAAGUAGCAGCAGAAGCUGUAGCAAAGGUAGCAGCAACAUCCUCUCUUUCAACUUCAUUUGAUCAGAAUCAAACAACAUCAAUACUCAGAGAAAAAACAAGUACAGGAACACAAACAGAAGAACGAUGGCAACAUCAGAAUGAAGAAGCUAAACGAGCAUUGGAACUAGUACAAACAGGCCUGAUUUCGAGCGAUAAACCUAUGCAUCACAUUCACCCAUACAAAUAA